CGCAACUUCCUUUGCCGCUAUUCCAAGAAUCGCGAUUGGAGCGCCACCUCUGUCCAGCUCUUUAAAAUAUUUUCUUUUUAGUGCACGCUCCCGCUGAUUGUAUGUUGUGUUGAAGCAGCUCGGAUUAUUCAAUCAAAAUGACGGAGGGCACAGCUACUAUCCGCACGCGAAAAUUCAUGAGCAACCGGCUCUUGAACAGAAAGCAGAUGGUCGUCGAUGUGAUCCAUCCAGGACAGGCGUCGAUAGCCAAGACUGUCAUCAGGGAGAAGCUGUCCAAGAUGUACAAGGCGCCAGCAGACACAAUCUUUGUGUUCGGUUUCAAAACUGCCUUCGGUGGCGGCAAGACGACUGGUUUCGGACUCAUCUACGACACACUCGACUUUGCUAAGAAAUUCGAGCCGAAAUAUAGGCUCGCGAGGCACGGUCUGUAUGAGAGGCCAAAGACCACCAGGAAACAGCGUAAGGAACGCAAGAACAGAAUGAAGAAGGUCCGAGGAACCAAGAAGACCAAGGUUGGAGCUGCCGCCGCCAAGAAGUAAUUCGACGCUGGCUGCACCGGAGGCCAUUGGGCCCAACAGCUCUUCCCAACGGACUCUUUCCUCGAACCAACUUGUUCUGUAUUUUUUUUUUUAAAGAUAACAAGUUUACAAUAAAUUUAUUGUAAGAACGGAGUA